AUUCUGGGAGAACCGAAAGCGUUUUCUCAGAAUCUCAUGAAAGCACGAGAAGCAUCUCUUCAUCUCUAUAAACAGACAGCCCUUCUUCUUCUUCUUCCCCAAUUCAUCACCAAAUCAAAUCUCCACAACUCCUCAUAACUCAAGCUCCGCUUAGUGAUUACAAUCAAUUUUCCGCAGAAGAAAUGUCUUUGAUUCCGAGUUUCUUCGGCAACCGCCGCAGCAACGUCUUCGAUCCGUUUUCCCUGGAUGUUUGGGAUCCAUUCGAAGGAUUUCCUUUCAACGCCGUCGCAAACGCUCCUUCCUCCGAGGCGACCGCCAUCGCCGGCGCUCGGAUCGACUGGAAGGAGACGCCGGAAGCUCAUGUGUUCAAGGUCGAUGUUCCUGGAUUGAAGAGGGAGGAGGUGAAGGUGGAGGUGGAGGACGGCGCGAUUUUGCAAAUUAGCGGUGAGAGAAGCAAGGAGAAGGAGGAGAAGAACGAUAAAUGGCACCGUGUUGAGAGAAGCAGCGGCAAGUUUCUCCGGCGGUUCAGGCUGCCGGAAAAUGUGAAAAUGGAUCAGGUGAAGGCGGCGAUGGAGAACGGAGUUCUGACGGUGACCGUACCUAAGGAGGAAGUGAAGAAGACGGAGGUGAAAGCUGUUGAUAUCUCAGGUUAAAUCCUGACCGUUCAUUUUUCAUCCGCUGAAUGAGUGUAUAUGAUGAUUAUGCACAUAUGCAUCAGUAAUAAAUAAAUAAAUAUGAACUGUUGAGUAAUAUGUAAAUUUUUAUUGACAAUAAUUGUACUAUACAAGCAUUGAUCAGUA